ACGUCGUUAGUAAUUUUUCGUCCGAACUCUAUGAUAAAAUUUUGGGACAAGAUACAUUCGAUAUCUAUCUCCAAAUGUGUAAAGAAUUUUUUUCUAUUUGACGUUCGUUGUCAAAGUAUGGCAGUGUUCGGUAACAGUUACGAGGUUUUGUUUGAUCAAUAUUCGCACAAAAUUUACUAACGUCGUCCUAGGCAUUCGAUUCUUAAGGAUUGAAACUGCUUCUGAGUUAUUAUCAAACGUCAAUUAAAAGGAAUUCCAUUCAAGCCUCGACAACUGGUUGCAUCAGAAGCUGCUGGCCAUGGUAAGAAUUACAGAAGAACUGGUAAGAAAGAAGUCUGAGCAUAACGAGCUCAUGAUAAGUACUUUAGAAGAGUUGUCUCUACAUCAAGAGGACAUCGAGAAAAUCGAACAUUUGCAGAACUGGUGUCGUGGCCUUAAAAUAUUGCUUCUUCAAUCCAAUCUGAUUUCUCGGAUUGAAAACUUGUCUAAACUAAAAAACCUGCAAUAUUUAAACUUAGCGUUGAACAACAUUGAACGGAUAGAAAACUUAGAAUGCCUGGAAUCGCUUGAAAAACUGGAUUUAACACUAAAUUUUAUCGGAGAAUUGAGUAGUGUUAAAAGUUUGUGUAGUAAUUAUAAUCUGAAGAACUUGAUUUUAACCGGAAAUCCUUGUACGGAUUAUAAUGGAUAUCAUAGCUAUGUGAUCUCGGUUCUUCCACAAUUAGCUAUUUUGGAUGGAGUUGAAAUAAAACCGUCAAAUAGAAUCAAAGCCGAAAAAGAAUUUGAAAUGUACCGUGAAAAUAUACUCGAUAGUGAAAUCAAGUAUAAAAUGAGAAGAGACAUUCAAAAAAUUCGUGUUGCUAAGCAAAAGUUGCAGUUCGAGGAAGAGAUGAAGGACUCCAACGAGGAGGAACGUAUGAAGCGAUUUUGGAAUACUAAAAGCGAAAACUGUCCGGAAACGAGGUGCGACCUGGCGCGUUUUAAUAAAGAAGGUAAAAAAGAUUCGUCGACCGGAAAAGAAGAAUUACCGAAGCCUAUGAAGCUUUUCUCCCCUUCUGGUCGACCCUACAACAUGAAUCAGCCAAAAAUAAAAUUUACGCUGGAAGAUGAAGAUGACUAUUACGGUUUGAACUUGGAAGUUCAUAAAUUCUUGGAUACGUCUCAGAUAGAUGUUGAUGUACAACCUAAAUAUGUCAGAGUGACAGUUAAAAAAAAAGUGUUUCAGAUGGAAUUGGGUUGCGAAGUGAAACCAAGUGCGUCGACAUGUAAAAGGUCUGAGAUCACAGGACAUCUUCUAAUCUCAAUGCCGAAGUUAUCAGCCGAAAAUGUCUCUUUGGAAAAAACGAAAGAAAGUACUCAAAGGUAUCAGAAAGCCAAAAUUCAAGCAAACAGUAAAGGUACUGUCGAUUAUAGAAACAUCUGCCAGUCACCUACGAAAUGUGAGUGUGAGGGUAUCCCAGGUUUGAUUUGAUCAGACACACGUUAAAGGAUGAAGCAUGAAAUUUAUUUGAUGCGAAUUUGCUUAUCGGGAGUAUAAGAAAUGAAUAGGAUUUCGAUAGUCAAUACCAACUUAUGAAGCUGACUUUUGUAUUUGUUAAUAGAUUAUAAUAAAGGAAUUAAA